CAUAUUUAUUUGAAUCUUGAAGCGAAGCGGUCAGGGGAAGAGGAGGAGGCGAAUUUGAAUUGGCAAGGGGCUUCGGGGGCUUUUGCAGAAAAUCUUCCUUUUAUGUUAUGAUUUGCCAUAGUGUGUUUUGAAACUUUAGACUGAAGCUGAGACAGUUUAAGUUCGGGUGGGUAGGUAGGUACCUACUACCUACCCAGGAGGUCAAGGGACGCAUGCAUGAUGCAGUGGAUCGGGUGCAUCUUCAGCCAUGGAUGAGGUGGAGAGUUUCUACGGCGUGUACCUGCUGUACUGCCAGAAUCCGCGCUACAAGGGCCGCACCUAUAUCGGCUACACGACCGACCCGAACCGGCGGAUCAAGCAGCACAACGGCGGCCGGGCGGCGGGUGGCGCCGGACGUACGAGCAACCGCGGCCCCUGGGAGAUGACGCUGGUGGUGCACGGCUUCCCCAACAGCAUCGCUGCGCUGCGCUUCGAGUGGGCCUGGCAGAACCCGGGCCGCUCGCGCCGGCUGCGCCACGUGCCGGCCAAGCGUGCGCGCGAGGUGCGCUUCGAGCACUGUCUGCGCGUGCUGUCAGCCAUGCUGCGCGCGGCGCCGUGGCGGCGGCUGCCGCUGACGGUGCGCUGGCUGCUGCCGCAGUACCGUCGGCCGCUGCCGGAGGAGGCGCCGCCGCCCACCCACAUGCCGCUGGUGGAGGGCGCCGUCCGGCCGCGGCGGGUGCGGCCCCGCGGCCCGGCCGAGGACGGCGGCGAGCUGACGGUGCCCUGCUCCCUGUGCGGCGGUGAGGUGACCGCCCAGCAGCGCGUGCACUGUCUGCUGCCGAGCUGCCCGCUGGUCGCCCACCUGGCCUGUCUGGCGGCGGAGCUAGUGCGCGGCACGGAUAGUCUCCUGCCGGUGGAGGGGCCGUGUCCGGCCUGUCAGACCUCCCUGCUCUGGGGCGACCUGAUCCGCCGGCGGAAUGGCUGCUACGAGUACCUGGACGGGGAUGGCGCGGGGCCGGCGGGCGGCGACCACUGGGCAGACUGCCUCAGCCAGGCGUGACGGCGGCCGGUACGGCGGUGACUGGCACGAAACUGUGAUAUGUGGGUUUAUCACUCAUUUACUGUGGUGACUACGCGUGAUUCGCAUGGAUUGCGCGUUCGAAUAGCUGCGGCACGCGUUGUUUCCGGUCCCAGUGGGUUGGAACUUGGCUGGUUGCCUAAUUACCACUUACCAGUUGACGAUGUGUGGGAACAUAUGUAUUUACUUUUUACACCGGAUGUAGUGGGUUGCAUUUUUCUGCGCAUCAAUUUUACUUCAUGCCGAAUGCUUUUUUUUAAAUAAAUCGUGAUCCUGAGUUACUUUU